UAAAGAGGGUCAUCCGCUAACGGAUGCAUAGCACGGGGUCCACGGCGUUGACUAACCGCCUCUAAAUGCUCCUCAUCCCUCACUGCGUCUCUGUCUGCGGCUUUAUACCGUUCAUUAGUCCGGACUGAGGCCGCGUCUCUGCUGUCACAACCGCCCGUCGACCAGACCCGGUCCAGGCUGCCAGCUCCGCUCCGAGGGCUUAGUCCGCUUCCCAGGCCGAUUCUGUCAUCCAUUUUUCGGGAUACGCGUGAAAAAAUGGGUAAAGAUUAUUACAAAACGUUGGGCAUCUCCAAAGGAGCCACAGAGGAGGACAUAAAGAAAGCUUACAGAAAACAGGCGCUGAAAUGGCACCCGGACAAGAACAAGUCUGCAGCCGCCGAGGAGAAAUUCAAGGAAAUCGCCGAAGCAUAUGAAGUCCUCAGUGAUCCGAAGAAAAGAGAGGUUUAUGAUCAGUAUGGAGAAGAAGGUCUCAAGGGAGGAAAUGGGCCAACUGGUGAUGGACAAGGCAGCACCUUCACCUACACCUUCCACGGGGACCCUCACGCCACUUUCGCCACGUUCUUCGGGGGCUCAAACCCCUUCGAGAUCUUCUUUGGCCGUAAAGCCAACGGCCGAGACGACGAGGACAUGGAGGUGGACGGAAACGACCCCUUCGGCUCCUUCACCAGCUUCAACCUGAACGGGUUCCCUCGGGACGGCCACAUCGGGCCCGGGGGGCAGCAGCGGCGGAAGCAGGACCCGGCCAUCAUCCACGAACUGAGGGUCUCCUUGGAGGAGGUCUUCCACGGCUGCACCAAAAGGAUGAAAAUCUCCCGCAAACGGCUAAACCCAGAUGGCAGGACCAUGCGCACUGAGGAUAAGAUUCUCACAAUCGAGAUCAAGCGGGGCUGGAAGGAGGGAACCAAGAUCACGUUCCCGCGGGAGGGAGACGAGUCGCUCAACACCAUCCCCGCUGACAUUGUUUUCGUCAUCAAGGACAAGCCACACCCUCACUUUAGGCGGGAAGGCUCGAACAUUGUGUAUCCUGUGCGCGUGAGCUUACGACAGUCGUUGUGCGGAUGCUCGGUUACCGUGUCGACGAUAGACGGGAAGACGUGCAACAUGAAGAUCACCGAUGUCAUCAAGCCCGGCAUGAGAAAGACUGUUGCCGGGCAGGGUCUCCCCUUCCCCAAAAACCCCGAGCAGAGAGGGGACCUGGUGGUGGAGUUUGACGUCAACUUUCCUGACACGCUGCCCGGCAACGCCAAGGACGUCCUGAAACGGCAUUUACCUACCUAGGAUGAAGGACUGGGGAGAUAACGGCAUGACAGCGCACAGCCUCGUUACCAAACACACUCACACACACACUCACACACACACAAGGACAGUUCUGACAGUUCACAGAUGGACCUCCUACAGAAGAAAGUGCAAUUUCUAUUUUUGAGCUAUGUGGUGUUUUUAUAAAUACCAUGCAUGCCAAGUUGAUUUAAAAGCAAGUGAAAGACUGUCUGGGUUGUUGAUAUCUGAACGUUACACAUUUUAUGUACGCGGCUCUUUGCCACAAUCACUUUAUCUUUUCGUUUGUUGGAAAUAUUUGGUCGUGAAUGAGUCCACAGUUGCCAAGAAAACCCCAGCGAUCCUGGGAAAAACUGCAGUGCCAAACAUUUUGUCGCUCUAAUUUAGAUUCAACAGGCUUCAUUACUGACAUGUUUCAAGUGUCGUUCGCGUUUAUUUUGUCACGGAGAGACGGAGCCUGUGUUUGGAGGCUGGCUCGACGUUUGUGUACAGGUUAUCAGAGAGGGGAGAGGGGGAAUGAACUCACCUGGAUCAUCGUG